CCUCCGCGUCGCCCGCCUGCUCUGCCAGCAGUGUUGGGCGGCAGCCGCGGGAGACGGCGACAAGGUCGGCGGCGCUGCUUGGUUCGUUCGCUCUGUUGCUUCGUCACCAGGAGCCGCUGUGUGACAGACGCUCGAGGCAGUCGGGUUCGGUAGCCGGGGCUAGCCAACAGCCGGGGCCGAUCCGGCGGGCGACGCAAAGAAGCCGCAGCGGCAGCAAGCCGAGUCCUCGGGGCGGCGGGAGACAGGCGGUUAUCCAACGGGACAGGAAGGAGGCGGCCAUGGCUAAGGCCGGCGUCGGUGCCGAGCCGCCGCCUCCCUUACCGCCACCCCUACCGCCUCCAGCCGUACAGAAGGAACUGGUGUACAAUAAGCUGCUACCCUACGGCGACAAGCUAGAAGCCGAGGCCAGCUACCUCCUUGCCCAGAUCAAACUGAACCUCAGCCGCGCUGUUCAGCUUCAGGAGCUUUGGCCCGGCGGCCUCUUCUGGACGAGAAAGCUUUCCACGUAUCUCCGGCUGUAUGGGAGAAAUUUUAGUAAAGAAGAUCAUGUUCUUUUCAUUAAGCUGUUGUAUGAACUAGUAACUAUUCCAAAAUUGGAGAUCAGCAUGAUGCAAGGUUUUGCUCGACUUUUAAUAAACUUGCUGAAAAAAAAAGAACUUUUGUCAAGAGAUGAUUUAGAAUUGCCCUGGAGACCACUUUAUGAAAUGCUGGAACGUAUAUUGUAUUCUAAGACAGAACAUCUUGGAUUAAAUUGGUUUCCAAAUUCAUGUCGACCAGGCUUGUCUUCACCUAAAACAUUUGUGCUUAAUGUUUUACAUAGGUGCUCAGUAGAAAGUGUUUUGAAGACUCUUGUGAAAAAUUGUCGACUUUAUUUCCCAGAAAGUGCCACAGCAGAGAUGUUAGACGAAUGGCGGCCAUUAAUGUGCCCUUUUGAUGUUACCAUGCAAAAAGCUAUCACUUAUUUUGAACUGUUUCUACCUACCACUCUUCCUCCAGAGUGCCAUCACAAAGGUUUUAAGCUCUGGCUUGAUGAAUUUCUAGGCCUUUGGGUUUCAGUUCAAAAUCUUCCACAAUGGGAAGGGCAUCUAGUCAACCUUUUUGCACGUUUGGCCACUGAUAACAUAGGCUAUGUCAACUGGGAUCCCUAUAUUCCAAAGAUAUUUACUAGAAUACUACGUAGCUUGAAUCUUCCAGUAGGAAGCAAUCAGAUGAUGGUUCCACGAUUCCUAACAAAUGCUUACGACAUAGGGCAUGCAGUUAUGUGGAUCACAGCUAUGAUGGGUGGACCAAGCAAGCUUGUCCAAAAGCAUUUGGCUGGAUUAUUCCAAAGUAUUGCAUCUUUCUAUCAUCCCUCAAAUAAUGGUCGCUGGUUGAAUAAGCUAAUGAAGCUACUUCAGCGUCUACCCAGUAGUAUAGUCAGAAGAUUGCAUCGUGAGCGCUAUAAGAAGAUGAGCUGGCUGACUCCUGUGCCCGAUAGCCAUAAGCUUACUGAUCAGGACAUAACAGAAUUUGUAGAAUGCAUUAUACAACCUGUCCUGCUGGCAAUGUUUAGCAAAACUGGAAGUUUAGAGGCAGCCCAAGCUCUACAGAAUCUUGCACUAAUGCGUCCUGAGUUGGUAAUCCCACCAGUACUUGAAAAAACAUAUCCCGCACUAGAGACAUUAACAGAACCUCAUCAGCUGACAGCUACGUUAAGCUGUGUAAUUGGUGUAGCUCGUAGCCUGGUAUCUGGGGGCAAGUCAUUUCCAGAAGGUCCAACACAUAUGUUGCCUCUGUUGAUGAGAGCGUUGCCUGGUGUGGAUCCAAAUGAUUUUAGCAAAUGCAUGAUCACAUUCCAGUUCAUUGCAACAUUUUCUACUCUCGUGCCUUUAGUAGAUUGUUCAUCAGUACUGCAAGAGAGAAAUGAUCUCACAGAGGUAGAGAGAGAACUGUGCUCUGCUACUGCUGAAUUUGAAGAUUUUGUACUGCAGUUUAUGGACAGAUGUUUUGGACUCAUAGAAAGCAGCACAUUGGAGCAAACAAGAGAGGAGACUGAAACUGAAAAGAUGACUCAUUUAGAGAGCUUAGUGGAACUAGGACUAUCUUCUACAUACAACACAAUCCUCACACAGUGCUCAAAAGACAUAUUUAAGGUUGCCUUGGACAAGGUUUUCAAUUUUGCUGUCUCAAAUAUUUUUGAGACAAGAGUGGCUGGUCGAAUGGUGGCUGAUAUGUGCCGAGCUGCAGUGAAAUGCUGUCCAGAGAAGUCUUUGAAGCUUUUUGUACCCCAUUGCUGCAGUGUUAUAACACAUCUCACUCUCAAUGAUGAUGCGUUACAUGAUGAAGAAUUAGAUAAAGAACUCCUCUGGAAUCUUCAACUUUUAUCAGAGAUCACUCGUGUGGAUGGGAAGAAGUUGCUGCCAUACAGGGAGCAGCUUUUGAAGAUUCUGCAAAGAACCCUCCAUUUAACCUGUAAGCAGGGUUACAUUCUGUCUUGUAACCUACUGCACCAUCUUCUUCGUUCUACUACACUUAUCUACCCCACAGAAUACUGCAGUGUGCCAGGUGGUUUUGACAAGCCUGUUUCUGAAUACUUUCCUAUCAAGGACUGGGGUAAACCUGGUAAUCUACAGAAACUUGAUAUUCAGUGGCAUGUUCCUUCAGCUGAAGAAGUUGCUUUUUCUUUUGAAUUGUUGGAUACUUUUCUCCAGCCAGAGCUUGACAAACUGGAGCAAUAUUCAGAUGGAAGUCUUGAAAUGUCCAGAGAUGAUGUUCAGCAAUGUCUUACUAUAGUACACAAUUGCCUUAUUGGAUCAGGAAACAUGCUGCCACCUCUGAAAGGAGAAAAAGUGGCUCACAUGGUUCCAAGUCUAGUGUCAUUGGAAGAGAUCAAACUUUAUACCGGUGUUAAAUAUGAUUUGUCGAAAGAGAAUUACAGGGAAAGAAUCUGCAAAGUAACAAGAAAACUCCUACACUUUGUACUUGACAACUCGGAGGAUGAUACUAAGUCUUUGUUCCUAAUCAUUAAGAUCAUUGGGGACCUCUUACAUUUCCAAGGUUCACAUAAGCAUGAGUUUGAUUCACGGUGGAAAAGUUUUAACUUGGUGAAGAAAUCAAUGGAGAAUAGGCUUCAAGGCAAGAAACAGCAUAUUAGAGCACUGCUCAUUGACAGAGUCAUGUUACAGCAUGAGUUAAGAACACUCACUGUUGAAGGCUGUGAAUAUAAAAAAGUACAUCAGAACUUGAUCAGGGACCUUCUUCGUUUAUCUACAAGUUCAUAUGGCCAGGUCAGGAACAAAGCUCAACAAGCCUUCUUCACAGCCUUGGGGACUUACAACUUCUGUUGCAGAGACAUCAUUCCUUUGGUUUUGGAGUUUUUGAGGCCAGAUGGGUACAGUGUCACCCAGCAACAAUUUAAAGGUGCCUUGUAUUGCCUUCUUGGAAAUCAUAGUGGAGUAUGUCUGGCAAAUCUUCAUGAUUGGGACUGCAUUGUCCAAACUUGGCCUGCAAUUGUCUCUUCUGGACUUAGCAAAGCAAUGUCUCUGGAAAAGCCAUCCAUAGUUAGACUCUUUGAUGACCUUGCAGAGAAAAUCCAUCGGCAGUAUGAAACAAUAGGACUGGAUUUUACUGUCCCAGAGACAUGUAUUGAAGUUGCAGUCCUCAUGCAGAAGUCAGUGGGUCAAAACGGUGAAUGUACCAGCCUUAGUUCAGAAGAGAUUGAGCUGGGAAUUCAGCGACAGAAAGAAAGGAAUGCCGAGUCCUCUCAAAAUUAUGAAAAUUUGGUAAAUAAGCUUCUGGAUUGUGUGAAUCAAAGAAAUCUCCCUUGGAAGUUUGAGCACAUUGGCAUUGGUUUCCUCUCCCUACUUUUAAGGGAUGACAGAGUGCUACCUGUAAGAGCCAUAAAUUUUUUUAUGGAAUGUCUCAAUCAUGAUGUCUUGGUGGUUCGCAAGAUGGCAAUCUCUGCUGUGGCUGGCAUCCUUAAGCAGCUGAAAAGGCCCCACAAAAAGAUGCUCAUCUGUCCUUUCAAAAUCAGUGGAUCCCCACAGCCUUCUAAUAUCCAGGCAGGUGACAGAUCUGAUAACCAAUGGCUGCAUUAUGAGAGUGCUAGUUUACCAAAGACUAAACAAAGUUGGGAGGCCUGCCAUUUUGUGGAAAAAACACAUUGGGGAUACUACACUUGGCCUAAAAAUAUGGAAAUCUAUGCUUCUGCAGAAGAGCAACCAAAACUUGGGAGGAGUAGAAAGGAACUUUCAGAGGCAGAGCAAGUCAUUUAUGAUCACUUUUCUGAUCCUAAUUUUGUUGAGCAGUUAAUCAAGUUUCUUUCUUUAGAAGACAGAAAAGGAAAAGAUAAAUUUAAUCCACGAAGGUUUUGCCUCUUUAAGGGUCUGUUCAGAAAUUUUGAUGAUACCUUCUUACCUAUAUUGAAACCACACUUGGAACGUCUUGCUGAAGAUUCCCAUGAAAGUCCUCAACGCUGUGUGGCUGAAAUUAUAGCUGGUUUGAUAAGAGGGUCUAAACACUGGACGUUUGAAAAGGUGGAGAAUCUUUGGAAAGUUCUCUGUCCACUUCUUAGGACAGCUUUAUCCAAUAUUACAGUAGAAACUUACAAUGAUUGGGGGACAUGUAUAGCAACAUCAUGUGAGAGCAGAGAUCCCAGGAAAUUGCACUGGUUGUUUGAAUUAUUAUUGGAGUCGCCACUGAAUGGUGAAGGAGGAUCAUUUGUUGAUGCAUGUCGUCUGUAUGUUUUGCAAGGGGGCCUUGCACAACAAGAAUGGCGAGUGCCAGAACUGCUGCACAGAUUGCUGAAAUACCUAGAGCCUAAGCUCACCCAAGUUUAUAAAAAUGUCAGAGAGAGGAUAGGAAGUGUUUUGACAUACAUCUUCAUGAUAGAUAUUUCUUUACCAAAUACUGCACUAACAAAGUCUCCCCGUGUCCAUGACUUCACUUCUCGAAUACUUGAAAAACUCAAACCUCUUAUGGAAGUGGAUGAAGAAAUUCAGAAUCAUGUUUUGGAAGAAAAUGGAGUUGGAGAGGAAGAUGAACGAACUCAGGGCAUUAAACUACUGAAAACUAUUCUAAAGUGGUUGAUGGCAAGUGCAGGGAGAGCUUUUUCUACAGCUGUUACAGAACAGCUUCAGCUUUUGCCAUUGUUUUUCAAGAUUGCGCCUGUAGAAAAUGAUCAUAGCUAUGAUGAAUUGAAGAGAGAUGCUAAAAUGUGCUUAUCAUUAAUGUCUCAGGGAUUGCUAUAUCCUCAACAAGUGCCUUUGGUACUUCAGGUGCUAAAACAAAUUGCAAAGAGUAAUUCCUGGCAUGCUAGAUAUACUGUGCUAACCUACCUCCAGACUAUGGUAUUUUAUAAUCUUUUUAUCUUCUUAAACAAUGAAGAAGCUGUGAACAACAUCAGAUGGCUGGUUAUAAAACUAUUGGAAGAUGAACAGCUUGAGGUGAGAGAGAUGGCUGCUACCACUUUGGGUGGUUUGCUCCAGUGCCACUUCCUGGCGAUCGAUGACCCUAUGCAGACUCAUUUUGAGCAGCUCUGUAAAAUGAGACUUCCAAAGAGAAGAAAACGAGACCUCAGUACUGUAGUGGAUACCAUUCCCCCUGCAGAUUUAGUUAAACGCCAUGCUGGCGUGCUUGGACUUAGUGCGUGUAUUUUGUCCAGUCCAUAUGAUGUGCCCACGUGGAUGCCUCAACUUUUGAUGGAUCUUAGUGCGCAUCUGAAUGAUCCUCAGCCUAUUGAGAUGACAGUAAAAAAGACAUUGUCAAAUUUCCGGAGAACUCACCAUGAUAACUGGCAGCAACAUAAGCAACAAUUCACUGAUGACCAGCUGCUUGUCCUUACAGAUCUUUUGGUAUCACCAUGCUAUUAUGCAUAAAAGGAAGUUCUCAACUCAAAUGCAGUCCCACAGGGGUCUCAAGCAACUUGGAAAGGGGUCAUAUUUUUUUAAAGAUUUGCACAGGUAAAGUCGGAAGAAAAGGCCCAGGUAGCAUUGGGAAGAUGGCAAAACCUGAGCAUCUAGUAAUCUGGAAAAGGGAUGCAUCAAUCAAAAGAGUUUAUUUAACUCAUUGUUUUAAUUCAUGAGUAAGGAUGAACAAAUUUGUUUAUCGUUCAAGGGAUUAUGGUAUUGCAAAAUUCAAGAAUCCUUACCUUAAUGAAUUGCCAUGUGUAAAAUAUUUUCAUUGAUCUGGAACCCCAGAAGAGGAACAAGAAAAGAGCCUCAUAUGAGGUCAGAAACUGGAGAGUGCUUGCUUUCAUGAACUUUGAAUUGAAUAGAGACCUGCUUGCCAUUGUACAGAACUGGUUUACAAUCAUGAUAAAGUUUAUCAUUUUAGUAAAUAAAUCACAAUUAACUUGGUUUGUAAAUACAUAAACUCAUAUGUUAUCAUUUAUUUAUUAUUUAUUUUCAAGGCUUAUAGUUUGUAUAGGUGGUUCCAGUCAACGAACCACUAGCAUAAAACUCCUGAAAUCUGUAAUUGGGGUAUAACAUACAUACAUAUAUAUAGUAGAAAUAUGUGCCCAAGGAUUCAAACUGCCUAAAUAAGUCUAUUUAAAAUAAUUGUUCAUACAGAAAGAUAGUUACAAUAACGCUGUCUCAUAAAAUAUCCAAAACUUCACCAACUUUCUGAAGAACAGGAGAGAUUUAUAAUCUUCAUUGGGAAGUAAAAUAGUAUAUAGAUUAUUUUGAUGACAGAUUUCCAUUCCAGGCUCUGUGCUUAAAACAAGCAAAUGUCCUUCUUCUUGCUGAAGAUAGAUUGGCUUUUGUCAUUGUCAAAUUAUCCGUCUCUUUCAGAGUCUCAGAAAAAUAAGAGACUGCUUCAUUUCUGUAAAGAUAAAGAAACUUAAAUAUUAACUUACUAAAUAUUUGGAUUCGAUAAUUCAGAGGCUUAAGUUUGGAAUCCUUUUUAAAACUGCAUAUAGUAUGUCCCUUGAAGAAGGUUAGAUUUCUGUUUAACUGAAGAAAAAAGCUCUGGCAUAGUAAUAAGUCUCUGCAUGAAUAAGAGAAUUGUAAUUUUCUUUCAUACAUCCAUGCAAGUGUCUUGUAUUUAAGAUAAAUUCUACCUUAUGGAAUGGCUAAUACCGCAAUUUCUCAAAUUCAAAUGGAUUGUUUAUUGAUAUCAGGUGAAUAACUGGGCACACAACCUAUAAGAAUAUGCAUGCCCAACUCUUCAUAGUACCCUUGGGUAUAAGUGUAGGUAGUAAUACCAUCCCAAUUUUUUAAAAAAGAUUUUUACUUUCUUUUUUUAGCUCACAUGCAAAACCAAGCUAUGCAGUGCUUUGUGCUCAAAUCUUAGCUUCUAAAUCCAUACUGUUAAUCUUUGUUUCAUGGCCAGAUUUUCAAUAAGAUCCUUCAUCCAGGUACUGAACUUUAACUUUCCCUGGUUUUGUAAGUGACAGCUUACUUUUUUCCAAUUUAGUAGAGCCCAUGGACAACAACAGAUAUUUGCUAUUGUUUUAUUUCAUGUAAAUAUGUUAAUACUGAGUGGUUAAAGACCACUGGUUAUAUGGUUAAAAUAAAAUGUUCUGUAUUGAUACUCCCACCUUUCCUCAUUCACUCUAUGUCUCCAUGCUGGAACAGAUAUUUAAGUUGCAUUAAAAUACAGAAGUACUGUAUCUGUCCCCACCAAAUUUCUUUUUGGUCUGUGACUUUGGUGGCUAUUGGCUCACUACUUCACAACUUGUUCAAUACAUGUUACAUACAUGUAAAAGAUUGUAUAAAUUGUAGAGGCAUUGCAUUGACAAAGUACUGUAUAGUUUGCAAAAGUUUUACAUAAUCCAUUUGUGAGAUUAUCUUGUAAAGAUUCACACUUUUCAAUGUUAAAAUACUGCUUUAGCUUUUGUAUCCAAUUCAAAUGCCAAUUUCUUCUGGUUUAUAAUACUGCUGUUUCUCAUUAAUGAAGUUAUUUAGUUUUGGGUUUAAUAUUCAUUUAUCAUUAGUGAAUGAAUUGAUUUUUUACCAAUAUUUUUCUCUUGCUACCAUCCUAAGUAAUGGUAUAUUUUAAUGUAUGGUAAAUAAUAGAAUUGAAAUCUCUCUCCCAUUUAAGAAAACAAAAAACAACACAAACUUGAAAAAUACAUUCACUCUGUAUUUUUUCUUUGUUUAAAAGGAAUAUAAUAUGCUUUUAAAUAAUCUGCCUGUUGGGAAAGCAAACACGGCAGUGUAACCUGGACAGCAUGUCCUGAGACUCAGUGAAGAAAUAACAUGUAUAGGGUAGUGCCAAAUGCAUCUUCUUAUUUUCAGUUGUGUACUUAGUUUAAAGCUGAAUAAAUUAAUUGUUUGUAAAAA